AUGACGGCGAGCUUUGAACGCGAGCGCGCUGUUGCCGAGGCGGCCGUCCUGCGGGCCGCCCGCCUCACCAAGAAGAUCCAGUCCCAAGUUAGCGCCGUGUCCAAGGCCGAUGCGACGCCCGUUACCGUCGCCGACUUUGCCGCGCAAGCGCUCCUCAUCAGCGCCCUGCACGCCGCCUUUCCCGGCGACGCCUUCCUCGGCGAGGAGGACUCCUCGGCGCUGCGGAGCGACGCGCAGCUGCGCGACAAGGUCUACGAGCUGGUCGUAUCGUCAGCCGGGACGACCGACCCCGACGAGGCGGCGGCGGCGCUGGCGAGCCCCUCUUCGGUCGAGGACAUGCUCGACAUGAUUGACCUCGGCGGCGCCGGCCAAGGCGGCCCCACGGGCCGAUUCUGGGUCAUGGACCCCAUCGACGGCACCGCGACGUUCCUCAAGGGCCAGCAGUACGCCGUCGCGCUCGCGCUGAUUGAGAAUGGCCGCGAGGUCGUCGGCGUGCUGGCCUACCCGAGCCUGGAAGUCGCCGACGACGGCAAGAUCUACGACGACACCGUCUCCGGUGCAGACGGCCUGGGCGUGCUCCUCGCCGCCGUCAAGGGUCAGGGCGCCACGAUCCGGCACUUUCCUUCCCAGAGCGCCGCGUCGCUGUCGUCGUCGCCCGCGACGCCGCUGGCUGCGCCGCUAGAGGGCGCGGCCGACCUGCGGGAUCUGCGCUUCGCCGACUGCCAGCGGUCCUCGUCGACCAACCACGGCCUCGUACGGCGCGUCGCGGAGCGCAUCGGCGCGCGGUACCCGGGGCUCGACCUAUGGGCGAGCCACGUGAGGUACGCGGCGCUGGUGCUGGGCGGCGCGGACGCCUGGGUGCGGCUCGGCGCGCGGGACAGCGCCGUCUUCUACAUCUGGGACAAUGCGGGCGCGCAGCUCAUCUUCACGGAGCUCGGCGGCAGGAUCACCGACUUUGACGGCAGGGAGAUUGACUUUGGCGCCGGGCGCGGCCUGGAUGCGAAUCGAGGCAUGAUUGCGGCGCGGGCGAAUGUGUUUGAUGUGCUCUUCGCGACGGCGAAUGAGCUGCUGGCAGCGGAAAAGGAAGGGACAAGUUGA